AUGUACUUGGUGUCUCAAGUUGGUAUACGUCGCGAUGUCAUCACGCGCGACAUUUGCCGUUACCUUGGUAGAGACGCUGUUGUUCACCCCGGAACUUUCCUAUUCUACGACCAUGAAACCGACCAACAUAAGGAAGCCUACCGCAUCGAUGCCUCUCAGAAGUUGACUCCUGAUAUAAUACAAAAGCUCAAGAACAAUUCCACCCGCUUAGAGCAAGAGGGGUGGGCAAACUCUAGUGGAGACUCCGAGUCCCACCGGUCCAGAGGUGCAUACAGCCCUCCCUCAUACCCUGGAAGAGAUGCUCCCGGCUACAGUGGCAGCUAUGAAUCCGCAUACAAUCAUGAGGAAUACGCGAUACAGUCCUUGGCAGGAUACAGCAACAUUUCAAACUCUUCACAAAGCCAGAGUCAGUACCCUCAGAGUCAGACGGAUUAUGGAGUUGCACGUAAAUCUCGUCCUGUACACUCUCGAAGCAAAGCGCCCAGCCAUAGCAGCAGCCAUGGAUCCUCAUACCAUCAGCAGGAAUACGCAGUACAGCUCUUAGCAGGAUACAGCGAUAUUCCAACCUUUUCGCAAGACCAACAUCAAUACUCUCAGAGUCAGACAGAUUAUGGAGUUGUACCCAAAUCUCGUCUCUUACACUCUAGAAGGAAUGCUCCUGGCUUUAGCGGCAGCCAUGGAUCCGGAUACAACAUUGCCCUGCACUCUUCACAAGGUCAGAGCCUGGAUUCCCAAGAUGAUCCACUGCAGGAUAUGCCUCUAGCUACCAUGGCCGAUGGGGAUCACAAACGGUGGCAGCACAAUCAAGACAGGAUGAGGGACUUGCCAAACAUUCCGGAUUGA